CAAGUUGGUCGCUCGCCGCGAGUUUUUCUUUGCGCGUCUAAUAAAGCGGGCAUGCGCGACGUCGCUUUUUCCAGCCACGGAGAACCGCGUACAGGCACACCUUGUACUUAGAACUUGACACAUACCUAUAAAUACAUAUAUAUACAUACGCGUACACACAGGUAUACACGUACAUCAGGUACACGCAGCGCGUGAACAUACGUGUUCGCGCGUGAACAUACGUGUCCGCGCGCAUACAUUAACCACGCAUAGACACUAAAACCAACUACGGGAAACAGAGAGUAAAGAAACACACUGUUUGUUAAAAAUACACGUAUCGUUACUUAAGUGGCCACGUACGUUUGUAGAAUAUACGAGAGCACGUGUAUCCAUCCGGAGCGGCAGCUGAACGCGAGAGCGCGGCUGAAAGAACGCACGCAUUUCCCCGCUCGGAAGCUUCCGCAGCUUUCAAGUAACAGAUCAUUUGCCGUUCUAUUUCCCGAGGGAGAUUUUCCAUGAUACCCGGUAUAAAACAAAUCAAAGUUCAUGGGAAUGCCUUUUUGGCAAAAGGGUGAGCCAAGUGGCUCAAUUUUGGUUGGAACAAUCUUGUUUUUGGUACACUGACAACUUAUUGUGAAACGAGGGCGAGGAACAUAGCGGAUAUCUAGCACGAGAACAACUUUAUGCCAGUAACCCGACCCGGAAAUAAUAACGCCAAAGAAGGCGCAACAGGGAGCUAAAAGAAAGAGUAUUUCUUCCAUUUCUGCCUAUCGAAGACAGGCUACGCCACUAUAUUCAUGAUGAUACCUGCGAACGUGGUAUCCUUCGUCAAAAAGAUGGUGACGACGCAACCAGAUUCCGGAACAACCGGAUCGGUUACGCCGGAUGAAGGCGGCACUACCUUCAGCAAAUGGAGGCAGCUGGGAAGCGGCGUGAUACGAGACGUCACAAAAUUUGGUCCCUCUAAGGCUACACCAGUUGAAGAGACACAGCCUAAGGAAGAAACGACGACAGAAUCAACGAAGACGAAGUCGAAAACCGGGGACGAUUGCCGAGUGUGUCGGAAGUCGUUCGCGCCUGAAGAAGCCUCGAGAAUUUGUUGUGAAUGCCAACACAAAGUUUGCGAGGACUGCGCUUGCUAUUCAACGACAACGAAUUCCGACGAUCCGUCGUCCUGGCGGUGCAGCGUGUGUCGACGAAAACUCGCGUCUCGGGACCAGCCGAUCGUGACACAGGAAUCGACCGAUUCCUUACUCGAGGUGCCAGUUUUAGAGGCUCUCCAGAGGAGGCAUAGCGACGCGAGACUCGGCUGUCAGAGCGGAAGUCAAAUCGGCGGUCUCGGUUCCGGACUGGCACCUCCGAGAAGCCCGGAACUCAGGAGGCAUUCGGAUGUGUCACCUGCGAGUUUGAAGGAACUCGAAAAGUUUCGAAAGGUUGCAGGAGAACGCCGCGACGAGCUCAGAUGGGAAAGGGACCUGGAUCGCAACAUCAGGUCUAGGGCGACCUCACCGGAUCGUCACCAGGUCGAUAGGGGUAGGGCCACCAGUCCCCAGAGGGUCGCUGUCGUAGCAUCUUCCGUCGGCGGAGAGCCACAGGAUAUAUUGAAUCCGGAAGAGGAGGAAGAACGUCGAAGGCAUGUACGACGUCCAAGUAGUACAGCUCGCAGAAUGACCAGACAGAGAUCGUACGACGACGAAAUGAAGAACGUGGCGGCUAUGUCUGGAGGCGGAGGACAGCACGCUCAUCCGGAACCUGGUUUAGGGCUUCCUGUGCAACUACCGAGACGGGCAUCAGCCUACGACGUGUAUGCCACACCAGGAGCCGGUGGACUCAACGCCAUGGCCAUCGCAGCGGCUCAACAAAGAGCGUCGAUCUCAGCGCAAGGUGGCAGGAAACCAGAGGAAAGACCGACCGCUCGUAGAUCAUCGUUUCGAGCAGUGAAGCCGGUGAUGCCCUAUGAAGUCGGAGCUGAGGAUGAGAGUCUGAUGAACUUGGAAGCAUCUCCUGUGGCAGUGGUUUCGCCAAAGGUGGUGCCUCCGUCUGUUUUAGGCCCUGAUGAAGAACGUCGCACCAGACGAAGAGGCUCUCAACUACCGGAUAUAAACGCGAUAAAGGGGUUGGCAUCUUCGAGUUCUUCAGGAGCUGCCAAAGUACCUCCGUCGGCUGUGAAUAGAGUCGCAGCCGAAGAUCGUGAGCUUGCUCGACAAGGAAGCCUGGUGGAUGGAGAAAGUAUCAAGAUCGUUAUCCAUCACGCGGACAAUGACAUGACGCCAUGGGUGAAUGCAAAGAGAAGGAUAAAACUGAGAAGAGAUCCAACUUUAGACAAAGGGCACAGGACCGCUGGUUUCGGCCUAAGGAUAAUCGGCGGUAAAACAGUGGCUGAUGGACGUACUUUUGCAUACGUGAUGUGGACCGUGCCAGACGGACCAGCGGCAAAAGCUGGUGUACAACGCGGCGACAAGGUGCUAGAGUGGGGCGGAGUGUCUCUGGUAGAUCGAAGUUUCGAAGAAGUCCUUCAAAUAACAGAACGAGCCAACGAUGUGAUCGAGCUGGUGGUCGAGCACGCUGGCGACACCGGGGACCUGCCGGAUGAUUUAGCCGCUGUGCCGUCAUCGGGAAAAGGGGCGGGAAGUCUGGGACUGCUGAUGGAAGGGGAAACGGAUAAAACGCCCUCAUCACCGACGCGCAGGAAACUGCCAAAGACGCCGGAACAAAUCGCGAAAGAGAAGCAAGUGACGGGCCGGGUACAGAUUCAAGUUUCCUACGAAGCGGAUCGCAAGGAGUUGAUCGUUUCUGUUUUCAUGGCAGACGACUUGUGCCCCAGAGAUGACACGGGAUACGGUGCAUUACCGGAAGCCUAUGCUAAAUUGAUUCUAGUCCCAAUUUGUGCUGAUCAAAUUACUUUGAAAACCGCGGUUGCGGAGCCAAGUCAAAAGCCAAUUUGGAAUGCAACAUUGCUCUUCUCCGGAGUCGAUGGAGAAAGUUUGAUGAAGCGAGCAAUCGAAGUAACUCUCUGGGAUUUCUGUCCCGAUGGCGAUAACGUUUUUCUCGGCGAAUGCAGCGUUGAUUUACAGCGAGCUCUCGAAAACGAUAGAGCUGUUUGGUAUCGGCUAGAAGAUCCUCGCGGCCUUCGCGUAAGCAAAUCGCCGUACUGUUCUCCCCGUGGCUCUCUUUCAAUGGAAAUUGCCCAAAGGUUACUGCGAAAGACGGAACUGCGUGAAAGAAGCUACAGUGACGAUACACAAAGCGACAGCGGAAGUCCGGAGCUCGGUUACUUGCACCCGGAUCACGCUUGGCAUGCAAAUUCUAGAAGAGGUUCCAGCCAAUCCGAACAGUUAGAAGUCGAACCGUACGAACUUAACAGAGAUUACAGUAGAUCGUUGCCCGGCAGCCGAAGAAGCAGUUUCCAAAGCCAAGGCGGCACCGACAGUAAACGCGGAAGCAUGGGAGAAGCUGAUAUGCCGAAUAUAGUGCACUACAAUCGGGAUCGACGACGGAGCUCGUUCACCAGGCCGAUGAGGGAUCCCGAAGAAAUUCUAGAGGGUCUACGAUCACUGAAAGCGGCCAAGAGGGAGCUUGGCAGGACGAUGAGUCUCACAGGAGACAAAAGACGCGAGAGCCGGCGGGGUGAGCGCAAAGACAGCGUCAUGAAUAUUCCGGAGAGGUUUUACGAUCGCAACAGUGAAUCAGAAGAGGAAGAAAAAUGGAGUCAGUCGAUGAGAAACGAAAAUGGCGUUGACGCAAAGCUGGGUCGCGGACAGGUGCCACCAAAGGGAUUCAAGAUGAUAGCUGCAGGUCAAAAUGGCGAGGUGAAACUGGGUUUCUGCCUAAGCAAGGGAACGCUCGAACUCGAGGUUAUAUGCGCUAGACGCAUUUGCCCCGGCGAAAAAGAAGAGCCAGACACCUACGUGAAAACAUAUCUUCGAGAUGGCGAUAGGUGGCUGCAAAAACGUAAAACACGCGUAAUACGGCACUCGAGGAACCCGCAAUAUCGUCAAACUAUCAAAUACAGCAGCUGCGACGCCCUCGGAAGGAAUCUGUUGGUUAUGCUAUGGGAGAAGAAGCAGGCGUUCGAAAGUAAUCAAGGCUUAGGUGGAGCUGAAGUGAGCCUCGAUCUUCUUCCAUUGACACGGCUGACCGUCGAUUGGUAUCCCUUGUUCCCGAUUCACACUCUUGGCACCCAUACCGCGGACUCUCCAUGAUGGCUGAGGGAAAAAUGGGCCCUCGAGGCCGGAGAACUCGACCUCAGACUGAGCCUUCUGCUCAAGGACGAGAACGAGUCCGUCGUGAAAAUUAUCUCCUGAUGGAACCAAACGUUGUUUUCUUCAACGGUCUUUCUUCCUUCUAUUUUUCUCGUUCAUCUCAUCCUUAGUUACUAGUUUUUAAUUACUUCCUAAUUGGAUUUUCUAAUGCAUUUUUUUCUAAUCUACGUACAGAUUGUUUCGACGAAUUGGUACUUCGGAAUCUCGAGCUUGUCGAGCGUGUCACGGCCCGAUCAUGAACAAGUUGUUAAUGGUCAAACUAGAUUACAGUUUAUCAGACAAGGAACAAAGAGACUAAGUGAACACGCAGGCAAGUAGCAAUGGAGUUACGCUCGCUAAUGAAAGUUCCAUGGACGAGACAAUGAGCAAUAACGAUAGCCUAAGUCGGACAAUUAGCGAUGGGAUCAAUUUCAAUUUGUAAUAUAUCCAAGUCCUUCCCAAGACUAAAGCAGCAUUUUACGAGAUUCAAUCAUUAUGUAUCAGAGAUGAUGUUUUAUUUUCAGUACUUAGAAAGUAUACUUGAAUUACAGAUAUAAGGUUCGUUUUUUUUUUUUUUUUUUUUACAAAAAUUGAUCCAAUCUUCAAAUCAUUCUAAUAACAUAAUUGAUAAUAUCAUAGAUAAUUACAAUUUAACGAUCGUGCCGCCAUUGCUGCUGUAUCUUCAUUAUUAAUUUGCAAUUUGAAAAUUGGGAUUCCGUUGUACCAUAAACUAGCCAACUAGAGUAAAUUCUAUAUUUCCAUUUGUGUUAUCACGAUCGCGUGAUAACAAGCUGAAAGACAAUCAAACUCUGAUCGCUUCGAUCGAUGAUUUAUCAUCGAGAUGAUUAAUACCGGAGCUAACAAUAGAAUCACAGUUUCUAACUAUUUCCUUUUAUUCACCUUUCGUGGAUAGUCGAUUAUAAAGAAUUCGCUGCGUGUCGUUUUUACAACGACCGAUGCAAGCAAGGCAGGACAAAACAUUGAAGAGCAAAUCGAUAUCCUGAAGUGUCGAGUUCUUACGGCAGUAAUUUUUCACAUUCUGUGAAAUUUGUUCGCGAAUAUCCACGAAGGUUCUAGCAAUAAGGAUGUACCUGUGUAAAUUUAUUCCACAGAGAGCAACUUAUGAAACGAAGAUGAAACUACAAGAAGAAAAAAACAUAAGAAAGAUUCUAUUUUUUUCAUCAAUUAUUAAAGCGUGGAACAUGAGGAAGGGUAAGGAGAAGAUGCCAUGUCUUAAAGAGACGACGAGGGUCCAUUUUUCCCAUAAAUUAAGGAACGACAGAGAUAUACGAGAGACGAUCGACAUCUGUCACGGAAACGCGUGCACUGGUUGAUCCAGCUUUACGAUUCGAUCGAGUCUCGUGGCUAACGUACGAACCGAUUUGCAUUCGGUGAAAUAAAUAUAUAUGUUCACCGACGAAUGUAUCGUUAAGUACUUUUUGUUCGUGGAAGAAGCGCCUCGAUACGAAUAUCACAUACGUCCGACUAAACCAGCAAAACGGUAUUCGUUUGAAUCAACGAUUUCGUGAUUAUCGAUGAAAAUAAAUUAUACAAAUGCGUUUCAUUCAUACGAGAUAGAAUUUGCUUGAUCGUAGUAAAACAGGUAUGACGAAGAAAUCAAUGAAGCGACACAAACUAUUGCAAAUUAAAGAUCGAGACUACUUCUUCGACGUUUCAAUUAUUUAACGAUAGACAAUCGUUUUAAGGCUCGCUGGUCGAGCCGAAUACAAAGAGCAAUCGGUAAGUGGUUACCAGAACAACUUUACGGGCAACAUGAAUGGCAAUUGAACAAAAAGAAAAAAAGAAAAAAAAAAAUUGGUGUUUAGAAGUCAUGCAAUUUUUGUAGCUCGUAGACUGACAACAGAGAUUCCUUUAACACUCGCGAAUUUCAUAUACGAAGUUUCCGGAACAAAGAACAAAGGAAAAAGAGUACGAUCGCGAGGGCCACUACAAGAAUCCUAUGUAAUUUCGAUUUUACAACUUUGUCCGUGUUGAUGUCAUAGGAGAUGUAUUAAAUAUUCCAUGAAACUUUUUCGUAUCGGGUAUAUCGAAACGAUAAAUAUCAAUCGCAUGUUAGAUUUGUCGCAAAUUUCCAUUUGAUUCUGGUAUUGAUCGAUAGUAUUUGCAAUGGCCCUCGAGACCUUAACCUUUAAACGUAUGUUUCGUUCUUUCGCUAGGACAAUUCCUAGGUAUAAUGUCGAGGAGAAUAUUCUAAAACAGGAUACAGCGUUUUAUCGAGGAUCUGCCAGAUCUUUGAAUAAACUGUGGCGACGUUGGAAGGAAUAGAAUAAUAGAAAAAGCGAAAGAAUCGAAACGCGACACAAAGUACGGACGAUGAUUAGUCCGAAAGUAUUGCGCUUACCCCGCCCGAGUUAGAAACAGAAAUUACGCUAUUAUAUCGUCAAAUAUAAAUCAUUCGAUACGUAUUUGUGAGGAGAUACGUGCAUGAUAAAAGUAUUACAAUGUCGCGUGCGCGAUACGAUACUUUUACGACAUAAUUCUAUUAAACCUAAACGUGUAUUAAUGGUACAUAGAAAUUACGAUGGCCUAUCGAAUUACGGGAUUCGUUUCUUUUCGAUUAGUAAUUCAGUUACACGUGUUUUUUGAUUCAGUGGUAUAUUUAUACGCGCAGUCCUCUGUAAUUUCAGUUUAUGUAACAACAACAAUCUGGAAAUGCAUGCCUACUCAAUACUAGAUUAUCACGAUUCGAAUAAAUUUUCACAGACCAAUAAACGACAAGAGUAUGGACCAUUCAAACAAUUUCGAACACGAUAAAGGUUAAAAUCUGUUAAGGCCCCAAUAUUACGAGUUACUAUUAUCUUGGAUGAUGACCUUCUCCCAGCGAUAAACGGGCUAUCGUUCCGAAAGAGAUGAAAAAGCGAAGUGAUUAUUCCGCGUUAACAUAAAGUUCUGUCUUGAGAACACCAGCAGGCUAUCUCUGAUCUAACCUGACUUGUACCUCAUUUCUAUCGAUCACUUCUGAGUCCCUCCGAAACUCUUAUCUAAAGCAAAAAUCUUUACUACCUAUACGUAUCGUUAAUAACGAUUCAAUCCUAGGACUCGACUUGCAACGUCCUUUAGCGACUUAACGUCGUCUUGGAGACUCUAGUCUCGUUCUUUCGAAGGCAAAAAGGAGGCAACGAUUCUUGAUGGCCUAUAUAAUAAUCUCAAAACGUGUAGCACAAAUUCGAUUUAUUGGUGUAAUACAAGUCUUAAAAAAAAAAAAAAAAAAAUAAAAAAAAUCGGACACACACACACACACAUACACACAUACACACAUGUAUACAAACACGAAACGAACGAAAAGAAACGAAUGUUUAGAGGUAAAAGAGCAACACACGAGCAGAUUGUUUGACAAACGCAAAAUCUGAUCGGCCUACAAACAUAUCCUAACGUUUCUUUAAGGGUACAUUAGGCACGAGGAUACUUUCGACGAGAGCUCUCGAGUCGAAUGAUCGAUGCGUAAUAACCGCCACGUUGACGAGCGUUCCUCGAAGAUAUCCUCGUCCGAUGUUAAUCGCACGGACAAUCCUGUUGAACGAAUGCAAUCAUCUAAAACUGUAGACGAAAGGUUUUUCCUUUCUAAAUGGCUAAGCACGCCGUAGACCCAUUUUCUACUAAAUCGUCGAUGCGAACUAUUUAUUAAUUACCGAUUACCAUUGUGAUCGUUAGCAUCGCGGUUUCUAUCAACGCUGUCGCUGAAUUAUUUUGCUAGCAAGACUGCAUUUGUCGUUGGUGAUAUUUCACGAAGCUCUAGAUGGAUUUCGAUUGAAACGGAAUGAUACCUUCUAAUCUUCCAAAAGCUUUUCAACUCUCGUAGGAUUUAUGGAUACAGGUCGUACAACCACGCGAUUCGCUACGACCUCGUUUCGUUUCUUCAAAAGACAUUAAAAUAUACCUAUGUAUUUUCAUCUGGAAAUUAUUUAAACUUCUAACGAUGAGAAAAUGACGAUAGUAAAAGAGAGUACACUUCUUUCCCGCCGUCACUUUUUUCUACGAAAUAAGAGCAGCCUUCCGAUAUCGAAUAUGAAUCAAGUCUGCCCAACUUUGUGACUAUUGUAAUCGCCUAUAUAAAAGAAUACUAUAUAUAUACAUACAUAUAUAAAUAUACACGUAAUAUAGAUAUUUGAAUAUAAAAGAAAUCUAUAUAUAUACAUAUAUAUAUACAUACAUAUACUUAUAUACAUACACAUAUGAGGAUAAGAAUGCUACAUGAGGAUACAUAUGCCGUAUCGAAAUUGACAAUCGAGAUCAUUGAUCCAAAUUAUGUAUGCUAUGAAUCUUUUAGCAGAUAUCCCAUACGUAAUUAUAAAUUAUCAAGGCACAGUCACGAGUAAGAUAAUCGUAUAGGUGUAUAGACAUAAUGUCAUCGAUAUAAUUGUAUGUAUGUACCUGCGAUACCGUAUGAUAUACAUCAACGGGAUAAUCGAUCGCGUUUGCAUAGAGGAAUAUAGUGGAAUGAGCAUUUAGGAAACAUUGCGAACAAGCCGCUUUCGAGUCGAGGUAUGUCGUUGUCGAGCCGUGAUCGAACAUCCCAAGAAACGAAAUACAGAAAAAAUUAGGGAUUAAAUCCAAGCAACAACCUCUUCCCGUACAUAUCGGUGUUGUAUGUACUUGUUCUAACGUCUAAGUGUCUAAAGACAAUCUCAUCGAUUCGCGCCUAUGCUUGCGUGGAUCAAACGUCGGGCAUGCACAUUACGCGCAGGUUAAAAUCAAAUUCCACAUGAUAUAUCACUGUGAUCGAUACGAAUAACGACAAUUAAGCUAAUAAAUUCUAAUUUGCUUUCCGCCAGACUCCAUAUACAUAUAUGUAUACAGCUGAACAUGACGUAGAUUCCGUUGAACGUUAGAGUAUCUCUAGCCCUGUCACUGUACACGUGCGUUUCUAUUUAAAAAACUCUUCUCGCGUAAGUUUCUAUAUAGCCGAAAGAGAAAUAUGAUCUCCAACGUAAGAAAGAUUCUAGACACUUAGCUCAAAGCUAUUACACUAUCAAAGUUUUAAAAAAAUAAAAUUAUCCCGAAGAUAGAAUUCUCAGAUUCUUUUCUAUAAUUCGAAUGCUAGAAACUAUUAGAUAGACACGUUUCGAAUUGACUAUAGCGUUAUGAAAAGUUGGUAAUUUUCGCUUCCGUUUAGUCCGAUCAAUUCGACUAUAAUCACGCAAUGAAAUCGUAUGAAAAGAUCUGAUUCGUUACCCUUCUUUAGCGACCGCACAGUUUCAUACAAGUUGUACAGAUACUGCUCAAUUACGGCCUAAAUCGUAAAAGAAACAGGCAAGCGAACGUGAAGUAAAUAUUUUCGACAAAUGCUUGAUCCUCGUAAACGGAUACUUUAUCGCGGGAUCGAUGAUAUCGAUCGUGUUGGCGUACUAGCGUACUUACAUGUACACGUUUGUGCACGGACCGACGCUGUUCGUCGUUAGCAACGGAUGAUUGAUUGUGCGGCUAAUGACGAUUGGUCAGUCGUUUGUGAAGUAUAUAAUAUCACAAAACAAAUGUAAUACGACUAAUGCUUUAAAUGUUGAGUGAAAUCGAUAACUGGUGUUUAUGGAACAAAAAAGAAAAAAACACAUGAAUGCCAAAGGAUGACAAUAAUCAUCCAAGACCUAUAAACGUCAGUUGUUGAUACACUAAAUGACGUACAUACCUGCGCGGCUAAAAUAAUAAAAUUCCAUCAUUGAUCGAAAGUUUGUUCAAUUCUUGCAUAGUUCUACUAACGUGUGCUAUCGUUGACAUGAGUUCUUAAGGAUUGAUCAUUAUCGUUCCAAUGUGGAUGAAUUACACGUGAAUAAUUAAACACUGAUGAUACAGUUAAAAUAGUAUACUGACUUGCAUUUAUUUUGAAAUGAUAAGACUUAACAUUUAAAUAAUGUUAAGAUCAAUCUUUAAGUUAUCCGGAUAUAUCCUAAGCUAUGCAAGGAUUAAAAUCACCCUAAACUUUGAGUGUCUAUGUGUAAAACAUAUCUCAGCCAGUCUACUGCGUAAUUUCCGAUAUUACAUUUCUCUUUUAUGUCCCUCUAACUUUCUCCUAUAAGGCAACGCUUUUCUAACAUACUUGGGGUAUAAUGCGAGCAACGUCGGAAGGGGAAAUUGUCACGUGCGAUAUGUGGUCGAGACUUCGUGAAAUUCUGCGCGGAACAGGAAGUUUCAAUGGUACUUCAUUCACGCUUAUCACCAACCUUCUUACGUGCUCAUCUUUCUAUAUAACUCGUAUUACGGAAAGCGUUCUAUUCGGAUAGUAAUGCGGAUUACGAAACUCGUAGUAGACACGCUGGGUGAGGCAUCUUUAAGAGGUAGUUUUAAGCAUAAUUAGAUGGUGUAUCGUUCUAUACAGAAAAUUUCAUGUGAUGUACUUACGUGUUAAGUGUUGAUUGUCGCACACGUGGAUUAGAAUCACGAUGUGCGGUAGACUUACGGGAUAAUCGAGUAACGAUAAAUCUUAGCGAUUACACGAUCGACUAUGUUCUAUUUAUUCUGUGGCGAUAGUAAGUUGUCUAAGUAAAGCCGUAAUAGAAGUCCGCACAGAAGCGUCUUCGAUGGUGCGUGACACAUUAUAUUCUAUUCAGGCAGUUUCAUCAACGAAGCUAGAUUUUCCUUCUGCUAGUUUAUUUUUCUCCUUAAAAGAAAUCGUUUCGACAAAAUUCGAAAUUAUGCUCAUACGCAGACAGAAAGACGCUUCUUUGACGAUAGUACUCUCAAAAGGUUAAUCGAUUCUUCAAACUUUAAUUAAUCAUCGCACGUACAUACCUAGGCGACGAAAUCGUAUCGAAGUUGCGAUACGAUAAGGGAAGACACGAUCGCAAGAUGAAAGAAUGAGAAAGUACGAGAACUCCAUCUCUUUUUUCUCGUUGAUUUGGCAAAAUACUCGCACAAAAUUCAAUUUUCUACAGUUUCAAUUUUUCUGUUCUAACGAUACUACACGACGAUGAAACGUGUGUCCAUGAUGAUCCAUUCUGUGCAAUCUUGCUUCAAAUUUUUUGCUGAUUUUGUUUAUUCUUUGCUGAUUUCUGUAGCAAUUAUGCGCGCGAAUACCUUCCAGGACAGUGUGUUUCAACUAGAUCGUUGAUUCCUAUUCGUUGGUCGAGAGAACAUGCGAAAGCUUCGGCUCGCGAGGUCACACGAGUGUAAUCCAUAAAAAAGUAUGUGUAUAGCUGAGUCAAUAAUUCUAUUGAAUGUUACAGAUGAAAGUAUAAUAACAUUAUAAGUUUACUGAAGAGAAACGAUACAGUAGAACGACGGAAUUUUUGUGAUUCCUUUCGUUACUUGCAGUUCAAGCGUACGUAAUUUUAUCAAUGUUGCAAAUAAAACUAUGAUUCCAGAGUUUAUCGAGAUAGAGAGAUACAGAGAAGUUUAUAAUGGUUCCUUCAAAUUAACAAGUUAAAUAUCAGUAAUUUUAUCAAUGUUGCAAAAUGAACAAAUUAUAGUCCCAGAGUUUAUCACAGAUCGGUGCACAAUAAAUCGCAAUACACAAUGAUUCCUCGUUGAAUAUUAUAGAUUCCUCUGGCUUGAGAUACAAUAAUGGAAAAAGUAUUUCAAUAUAUAAUUCCUAUAAAAAUUAUGAUUUUAUUGUAAGAAAAAUAAAUUGUACAAUUCUAUUAAAAUGCUAUUAAAAAUGAAAAUGUAAAAACGCAUUGAAAAUUUAAAUACUUGCCCGAUAACCAAUAAUAUGUACGCGGUUGGAAAUCACUGUUCUAGGAAUAAAAGUACGAGAAAGAAAGAA